AUGGAGACAGGGUGUUACUCAUUGGCAGAAUUGCUGGCCGUCGCUAAGACUCAUCCCUUUUACAACACUGAUAUCGAGUACCCCGCCGAUGCAGUUACGAUCCAGAAACUUCGGGAGUUGGUCAUUGACCAGAAAACGCAACCCAAUAUCCAACGGCAGCCAUUGCUUGACAAGAGAACAUUGUACAAAAUAAUUAAACGGCUUACGCAUGACGUGAGCCCGCGGAAUACCUAUCGUCAGAGUUCCUACAUGAGCAUCACUGGCGGGGGCUCUGGCGGGGUUCCCAUGAUGUUCGCCGUAGAUGUGCACGAAAAUCGGAGACAGAGGGCUCAAAUGGGAAAUUUUCUCAAACUGUGCGGUGUCAUUGAGCCUGGAGAUUGGGUUUUGUCCAUUCAUUUGGCGGGAGGAUUUUACAGGUCCCUGGAUCUCACAACGGAAAUCAUGGAAAAUGCGGGAGCCACCGUUCUCAGCGCCGGAAGCUACAUGCCGCCCGCGGAGAUUACUAAAGCUCUAGUCGACUACCAUGUCAACGUGCUCACCGGGGACGGCAGUCAGGUUGUGCAAGCUGUCUAUCAUGUCUCCAUGAUGGCGCAGGAGGAUCGCGAAUGCAUCAGACUCAACAAAAUUAUUUAUACGUCAGAGCCUCUAACCGGUCCCCAGAGAGCGUUUAUCAAAGCCAUUCUGGGUGACGUUAAAAUCUUCUCCGUCAUGGGGAGCGCGGAAGCGGGCCCUUGGGCCAUUAGCAGCCCUGACCUAACGGGAGAGGAGAGUCUUACCAGUAGCAGCACCGACUUCAUUGUUGACACACGAAACACCCUGCUCGAGAUCGUUUCUCCCUCCGUCAUAGAUGGUGCAUAUUCUGAUUCGGAUCCACCUUCUUACGGAGAACCGGGCCUCAUUGUGCUGACAUCUCUUCAACGACUGCGCAAUCCGCUGGUACGCUACAUCACUGGUGAUAUUGGAUCCAUCCAUCCGCUCCCAGAUACGGCCUUUCCUUUAAUUCCAGAGACAGAUAGGCAGCAUCUGUGUGUGUUGCGCAUGCAAGGUCGCGACCACCGCUUUAGCUUCAAGUGGUAUGGCGCUUAUUUCGAGUUCGAGAUGAUUGACGCCUUUAUGCGAGCAAGAGAACACGGAAUUCUGCAGUGGCAAAUCAUAUUAGCCCGACUUGAGACAACGCCGCAGUCGACUCUGGAAAUUCGUUUGCUUCGAUCCCCUCCGCGGGACGAAGUCCUGUCUGUUGACGCUCUUACAGAACGCUUGCAGGCUUUCUUUCUUAUCUUUCCUGAGAAUGACCAUCUGUCACGAAUUGUGUUUCUGGAUAGUCUCGAAGGAUUCGAGCGGAGCAUUACCGCCGGAAAAGUGAUCAAAUUUGUGGACCGUUGGAAUAAGUAG